CUGGAGCGCCCGCAGGAGCAGCAGGAGCAGCGGCGGGGCCUGUCGAGUGCCCUCCGCCGGGCGAUACCCCCGCCCGCCGCCUCGCAGGAGUUCGUCGGCCUCUCUGGGCAGGAGCCGAGGGCCGGGAGCGGGGGGCAGCGGCUGGCCGGCGGCGCGGCUCGGGAGAGGGCCCAGGCCCAGGAAGCGCCGCGGCCUCUAGUGGCAGCUGCCCGGGAGGAGCAGGAGCAGGACGGGCCUGAGGGGGAAGCAGGCAGGCGAGCUCCGCGCCCACCCCCGGGAAGGAAGGUCCGCAGUGCGCUGCCCCCGCCGGGCCGGAUCCGCCCUCCUCUCACGCGGCGGGUGGGGGGCCUGUGGCCCUCCCGUCUCGGCCGAGGCUGCGAGGCAGGGCCAAGGGCACGGCUGCCCCGCUAGGCCCCGCGUAGCCGGCGUGGCUGGCCCGACAGCCCCGUCACCCGUUUGGUCUCGAAUUGAAGGCCCCUCCGGAGAAUGGGCUAGGAACCUUGGAGCAAAGGGAGGUUCCAGCGGCCACUUCGGAGGCGAGAAGCACCUACCCAUCCCUCGCCAUCAGUUGGGAGGGGAAAACCACUCUCCUAACUACUUGGCACCAACCCGGUAGCCUGCAAGGAGAGUAGUGGAUUGCCGGUGGACUUGCUAGUACCGGGGAGACUAUAAAUACCUUCAAAUCCCAGUCAGGUAAAUUUCUCCCUCUAGAGGAACUCCCCACUUAGUUUUCUGGUAUCAAGGGGGAGAAUUCAUUGCCCAGGGGGCCCAAAAGAAGGAAGAAGAAAACCUCCAGGAGAAGCCCACAGCAGGAAAUAAUACCCCUUUGUGAACGUGAAAAAGACAGGUUGCUCCCCCAAAUUUCCCGUUGAAAGCGGUGGUGCCCAGCACAUAAGAGAAUAACCUCUAGGUACAGAAGAAGAGGAGAAGGCAACAGGUGGGGAAACCUGGAGUGAUAUCUUCUAAGUAGCUCCUUUAUCAGAGGAAAGAGAGGAAUUACUAGUUUAAGGAUCUGGCAAGCCAUCGCUGAUCUUUCCAUCUCUUGCUGUCCACCGUAAUAACUGAGAAAAACCCACAACAGCAACACUUUGAGCAUGGGACCUGUGUGCAGAGCUUGAGGAAGGACAUCUCUAUAAAAAAGAAGUCCACUACAGAAUACCUUAGCAUCGCCUCCAGGAUCAUGGCCUCUGACUUGGAAAGCAGCCUCACGUCUAUCGAUUGGCUCCCACAGCUUACCCUUCGAGCCACGAUUGAGAAAUUAGGGGGUGCUUCGCAAUCGGGCCCCCCUGGGGCUGCCCGGAAAUGCCCUCCCGGCUCACCCACUGACCCAAAUGCCACCUUGAGCAAGGAUGAUGCUGCAAUCCAUCAGGAUGGGAAACCACGCUACAGCUACGCCACUCUGAUCACUUAUGCUAUCAAUUCAUCGCCUGCCAAGAAGAUGACCCUCAGUGAGAUCUACCGCUGGAUUUGUGACAACUUUCCCUACUACAAGAAUGCUGGAAUUGGCUGGAAGAACUCCAUUCGUCAUAAUCUGUCUCUGAAUAAAUGCUUUCGGAAAGUGCCUCGCCCGCGGGAUGACCCUGGAAAGGGUUCUUAUUGGACAAUAGAUACCUGUCCUGACAUCUCCCGGAAGAGGCGGCACCCACCAGAUGAUGAUUUAUCCCAGGACUCCCCAGAACAAGAGGCAAGCAAGAGCCCUCGAGGAGCUGUCCCUGUCAGCUCAGACACAUCGUUGUCCCCCGAGUCCACCCCCCAGCUUGCAUUGCAAAGUACCUCGCCUAUUGGCAACUACAGUCAGAGCACAGGGCCUGUGGAUGUGGCCGCCACCGUGGCAGGAGGGCAGGGCCGUGAAGGAUCUGAUGUGCCACCACCUCACUACAGUACCAGCCACGACUUGAAAUUCUCCUAUUCUGAAAUCAACUUCCAGGACCUGAGUUGGUCCUUUCGGAAUCUGUAUAGAUCAAUGCUUGCAAAAUCUUCUUCCUCCCAACAUGAUUUCUCUUCUCUUCUGGGUGACAUGCAACCCUCGAAUCACGGUUACUAUAUGUACCAGCAGCAGAUGCCCUCUUCGGUGGGGGCUGCCCCUUCCCUCCACACACCAACCCCAGAAGGCUGCCAGGAUGGCAAGCAGCAAACAAGUGACAACUAUGGCCCCCCACCUGUGAUGUCCCUUCACCCCUCUCCCAUGCAGCAUGGAGGAUAUCACCAGCAUCAGCAGCACCAUCAUCCACACUCCCACUCGCAGCAGCAGCAGCAGCAGCAGCAGCAGCAGUCGCAGGCUUCCAUCAAUAGUGCUAGCUUUGCAUUUCCCCCUGAUUGGUGCUCCAACAUUGAUUCCUUGAAAGAAAGUUUCAAGAUGGUGAACCAGCUGAACUGGUCUAGCAUUGAACACUCUCAAUUCUCAGAGUUGAUGGAGAGUCUCCGCCAAGCUGAGCGCAAGAACUGGACCCUCGAUCAGCAUCACAUUGCCAACCUCUGUGACUCCCUCAAUCACUUCCUGACCCAGACCGGCCAGCUCCCUCACCUGGGAGGCCCACAGCAGCCUCCCCGGAUCUCUGAGUCCUGUGCCAUGAACAGUGGCAAGCAAGAGCCGCCCAUGAACCAAGUGAGCUCCUAUGGACAGCCACAGCCUCCGCAUCUCUAUUCUGGACCAUCUCCAAUGUACCAGAUUCCUACCCAGGAUUCUCCAGGGUAUAAUCGUCCAGGUCACCAUCUGGUUCCGCGGCCACCUCCAGGCGCCAAUGAGGAAAUCCCUGAUGAUUUCAACUGGGAUUUGAUCACCUAGCAAGUUACAGACUUGAUCCCAUGUCCCUUGCAUAGGGUGCGGGAAGGGGAGCCUGGGGGAGGGCUUGGCCGCAGGGCCAGUACCCUCAGCCUCUUUGCCUUGCCUGUAUAUAGGUAUAUAUUCUCUACUUCCGCCAGAGAAGCUGCUGCAAGAUGCUGCCGAAGAUAAUCCUUCCUAACGCCCUGUUUUGCCCUCUUUUCUUCUUUAGUUUGUUGUUCUUAUUCUUAUCAUUAUCCAUAAUUGUGCACAGCCCCUCCGCUCCAUCUACUAGCCUCGGAUUUGACACGUUGCCUGGCAUCUUGUGAGGGAGGGCUAGAAGACUUGUUUUGUGGUGCCGUGACAGAAAUCCUGGAGGGCAUCUUUCUCUUCCUCCGUCAUUUGUGUUGAGCGAUCCCUCUUUCCCUUCCCAGGUGUUCAGUCAGUAACUCUGUUGUAUUGGCUGCAAGAGUGAGAGAGCCUUGUGGAUCUUGAAAGUCUGUAAUAAUUAUGUUCUUUCUUAAAUGUUGUAACAGUGAGAGGGGAGGGGGAGGGAGGGGUACUGAAAGGUGAUCUAAAGCCUGUGAACUUUCUCACACCAGCAGAGGUAGCAACAGAAGGGGAACACCUGGGGCAUGAGAGCAGGAAGUCGCUGGAAUGGAGGCUUGCCAGGAGGAGGGGCAACCAAGGACUUUUCUAGCUGCAAUGUUAUGGUGGGGAGCGUGCCAUCAACAGAGGCUAAGCGCCUGAGAAGGGGAGGGGGAGCUUGCCCUGUUUUGUGCACUGCCCUUUUCCAGUCACUGCCCCUUUUCAAUCACUGCCCUGGGCAGAUGAGGAAAGUGCUGUUCGUGUCACUUGUAUCCGUGUCAUGCAGGUGGGACACCUUGAUGGAACAAGACUCCUCAGGGCUUGCCUUUUUUCUUUGUUGCCUUCUCUAAUAAUGCAGCAAGGCUCCUUAUUUGAAUAUGCAGAUAAGAAAUGCAAAUCAAGAAGUGCCCCUUUUACCUGCAAGCUUUUUUUUUUUUUAAAUUAAAGUUCUGAAUUUUGCGUCCCCUCAAUUCUCUGGAAAGUGUUGUGGUUUUUGACGUGAGGGUGGAAACCGAGGGAGUCUUUCCUGCCUUUGUAUAGGUAAACAAUUCUCACUUCCUGUUUUUGUGAUGUCCUACGGAGAUGAAAAGUGGAAUGUAAUGCUAAGUAACACGGCAGGGGGAUGUCUGAAGGAACAUCCACGAAGAAGUGGCACCUCACUAGGGACAGUUAAAGGAGGGGAGAUUGGAGGCUGGUAGAAGUUCACCUGUGUAGCAACCAGGUCAAGAUAGCAUUGGGUUUUUUUGAGCUGGUCCUGCCACGGUGGUCCCACCUCACCACUUUGUGUUCAGUUUCGAGCAUGCCUCCCUUCAUCCUGCCAGACUUUUCUUCAUGCUCUUCAUAAUCUUCCAACUGCAAGCCUGUUUUGUGUGAGGGGGAAACCAAGCUGGAAACAAAAACGUUGUGGGAACAAUGCUGUGCCAGGGGUGGGGAAGUUCUUUAGCAUUGCUUUUAACUUGCUGUCUCAUUGGAUUUUGAAGGGGAGGGGCAUUUUUGGUCUUGGGAGGGAAAGGGUCAUCGUUGUGUGCUCUGAGAGAAUUCCUGAGCCAAAUCUGUGGAGGAGUUUUAAUCGUGGACUGCACUACCCCGUCAAGAAGAUGGUGUGUCGAGGAGGUUCUUGUUGGUAAGGGUUUGUUAAAUGUAACGGACAGAGAGAAAUUCUCUGGAUACCAAUCAGUGCUUUGUACAAGAUACUUACGAACAAACCUCGUAGAAGGAUUGCUUGCCUUUCAGAGAAUGCCCCGGGGGUGGUGGUGUAAUAAAAGAUCACUCCUUUAUGUAUUCAGAGGCUCCUCAUUUGCAUAGUCAGUUGCGCCUUGUUUGUAUAUGUACAUAUAUGCAGGUCAGUGUGCAAAUUAGCCAGACCCUCUCUUUGCCUCUGAACGAACUGUAUUGUUCUGGCAUAGGUUAACAUUGGAUUGCAUACAUAGACAUGGACUUAGCACUGUGAGCAGCCGGCAAAGCCUGUCCAACGCAAAGCAUGAGCGCACAGUGCCGGCCUGUCUCCAUGAGACGAAUCCCUUGCCUGCCCACCUCUUGCAGUGCCACCCACAAUGCUUUAUGUCCAGGAAAUAGGAGAGAGAUGUGGCCUCACAAAUUUAUUUUUGUGCAUGCUUUCUUAAUAAAAAAAAGUGAAUGUUUAA